GUUUCCAUGUACGCCAUGCAGAGCAGCUUUUGUAAGCAGCAGCGUUGACUGCCAGUAGUAACGGUGAAAUGUGUGCUCGCUGCUUCAACGAAUCGCAUUAAUAUAUAAAUGUUAAAGAAAUUGUUCGAUAUUUUAUACUGUUGACAGUUAUUUUAAAAGAUAUAUUCUAUUACUUAACAAUAUUGUUUUAAUUUUAUUCUUCUGACCAAGACCAGAAAAAAAUGGAAGAUUCUCCACUUUGGGAACCAGUGGCACAAAAGAUCUCUGACUCGAUUAGGGAUUUUAUGGGUAAGGUCGCAAACAUUUGGGAUGAGAUAGGUUCUCCUCUUGAAACUAAGGAAAUUCACUUGAAGCAAGUCUUCGAACAUUUUGAGGAUCUCCAAAGUGCCAUGCUUGCUGAAAUGGAAGAACGAAGAGCACUGCUGGCAAAGGAAGUUGAUCAACUGAUGAAUGAGGCAAUUACCCUCCAAAAGGAUCUGCAAAUUGAAGUCAAAGUUGAUGGAUAUGAAAACUUAUCGCUAUAUGAAAUAAGAACAAAGAUUGAUCAUCACCUACAAAGGUUACGGUCGGUUAAACAACAGAGGUUAAACUCCACCGAGGAACUUCUGAAAAAGGAACUAGAUAUUUGCAAAGCUCUUGGAUCCGAACCUAUAGGAAUGAUGGCGAAAAUCCCGAGUGAAACUGAACUAAAGAGUUUCAAAUUAUACGUGGACAAGAUUGAAGCUGAAAAGACGCGCAUGGAAGAGACGUUCAAGGAUGCCCAAAGCGGAAUAAUCGCGAUAAUGGAUGAACUACGUCUUACACCUGAAAACAGUUUUGAAAGCCAAGUAUAUAAUCGCGGAAAUUUUAUUUACAACACCGUGAAUAUCGCGAAAUUAAGAGAUUUCUAUGAUAAUUUGAAGAAAAAGCUCUUCAAUGCAAAGCAAGAGGCAGCGGAAAAGCGAGAGCAGUUGAAAGAUUUAUGGAAAUAUCUAGAGGAUCCGACUGAAAACUGUCAAGAAUUUCUGGAUAGACAUAAGGGAUAUUCUCUCGUUACUUUGAAAGCUUUUGAUGAUGAAAUCAAAAGAUGCAAACAGAAAAGGAGUGAGAAUGUUGCAAAGUAUGUAGUAAACCUACGCUCCCAAAUUGAAGCAUUGUGGAAUCAAUGUCAAAUUGGCGACGAGGAACGUCGAGCUUUCAAGCCCUUGAUAUAUCAAACUUUUACGGAGGACUUGCUAAUCCUUCAUGAACUUGAGGUCGAGACGUUGCGCAAAUACUACGAAGAUAACAGAGCAAUAUUUGAACUUCUGGAAGAACGAGAUAACAUGUGGCAGCAAAUUGAGAAUCUGGAACAGCGUGCGAAUGAUCCCAAUCGUUAUCAAAAUAGAGGUGGUCAACUCCUUGCAGAAGAAAAAGAGCGUAAAGUUAUUCAAAAGAAACUGCCGAAGAUAGAGAAAGAAUUGGAAGGUUUGCUUGAAGAUUACCAAUCGAAAAAUGGAAAACCUUUUACCACACACGGAGUACCAUUGGCCGAAACGUUGAAAAGAUCUUGGGCAGAAUACAUAGCAGCUAAACAAACUAUGAUUACAGCCAGGAAGCAGGCAAAAGAUCACCCUACAACCAUAAAAAAAACACCUUUGAGCGUUUCUAAACGCACACCGUCCGCAAUGAGUAUACGGCGUCCAUCUCCUGCGAAUUCCACACAGAGGAAACAGCAGAGUGAUCUGACACCUUCCAAUCCCUCACGAAAAAGAGGUCAUCGAAGUAGCGAAUCAAAGAAAAUGACAGUCAGCGCAUCGAAAAUUAAACGAGGAAGGGUUUCAAGAAGAAUAUUCACUCGCGGAGAUAAGAGUAUACUAAACGAUAACGAAAAUCGUACGAUUAGUCAAAUAGCUUCCUCUUCGAGUGCGAGUAUGUCGGGAUACGAUGAAUUUCAGGGCCAUUUAAUGGAUAAAGAAGAGUUGCGUAGCUCAAUUUUGCCCCGAACAGUACUGAAAACUUCAAAUCUUCAAGCGAGUACUUCUACUCGAAUUAAAACCCCAAUGAAGCCAACUAGAAAACACGUCAAGACACUCAGCACACCGCGGAGAGCUUCGCCCAAUAUUUUACCGUCCACUCCGCGCUCGGCAUCGCGGAGUCCAAAAACAACGACGACCUCACGCCUCGCCCCCGCUCCGGGCACUUUACCUUUCAUUUUCUGAUUUUCUGGACAUUUUUAAUUUAUUAACCAAGAAAGUAUAAUAUUUAUGACCUGCGUACAAAAAUUUAAUUCCGAUUUCGCAUAUCGGAUUUGCGGAAAAGUAUAUGACUUCUAUUUUUGAUCAGUCUAGCGUCUAGAAAAAACAUUGUUUUGUU